AUGCGUUUGGAUCCACAACUGAUCCAUUUAGCAAAUUCAAAAAUUCCUCCUCCAUCUGAUGGCUCUCUCUUUGAAGAUUGCUUUGUGAAGGAAAUCAACAAGUGGGACUUCUAUCAGCGUCAAUACAAGCCAUAUUUCCUGCACCUCUACAUUAGAGAGCUCUUCAGACUGAAGACUCGUCAUUUGAGGUGUCUACGUUAUUCAGAAAAUGUAACAUUAACCCCGGAUACCAGAGAAGAACACCUAUGGUGGUUACAACAUAACCAGUCCUGGAAUGGCAAAGCCAUCUUCAAUUCAAUACCGGACAUGAUUAUAGAAUCAGUUGCCAGUCUCCUAGGCUGGGGAGCUCAUUACAGAUCACUUUCCACAGGAGGGAAGUGGUCCGUAGAAGAAUCUUCUUUCCAUAUCAACUGCUUUGAACUAUUGGCCGGAUUUUUUGCCCUCAAGAGUUUUGCGAGGGACAAAUCACACUGCUGUAUUCUUCUGAGGAUGGACAACAUCGCAGCAGUGCAAUAUGUCAAUCGCCUUGGAGGCACCAAGUCAGAAUGUCUGGCCACCAUUGCCAAACAAUUUUGGCAUUUUUGCCUAGAAAAAGACAUCAUUCUCAAGGCAGAAUAUCUUCCAGGUCUGUCCAAUUCCAUUGCAGACUGGAAUUCCCGCUAUCUGAACGACAACACCGACAUGUCCAUGAAAAACAAACCUUAUGUCUACGACCGUGUGUUCGCAUCAAACACAACCCAAGAGCAAGUUUACAACGCCUGUGCAAAAGCUAUUGUUAAAGAUGUACUUGAAGGAUAUAAUGGUACCAUAUUUGCUUAUGGACAGACAUCAUCUGGAAAGACCCACACUAUGGAGGGGAAGCUGCACGAUCCAGAUGGAAUGGGAAUUAUUCCCAGAAUAGUUCAGGAUAUAUUUAAUUACAUUUACUCCAUGGAUGAGAACCUGGAGUUUCAUAUAAAGGUGUCUUAUUUUGAAAUCUAUUUGGACAAGAUAAGAGAUUUGCUGGAUGUGUCAAAAACAAAUCUUUCUGUCCAUGAAGACAAAAAUAGAGUGCCGUAUGUAAAGGGUUGUACUGAACGUUUUGUAUGUAGUCCUGAAGAAGUUAUGGAUACUAUAGAUGAAGGAAAAUCUAACAGACAUGUAGCUGUGACAAAUAUGAAUGAACACAGUUCUAGAAGUCACAGCAUUUUUUUAAUAAAUGUCAAGCAAGAAAAUACACAAACGGAGCAAAAGCUAAGUGGUAAACUUUUCCUGGUGGAUUUGGCAGGUAGUGAAAAGGUUAGUAAAACUGGAGCUGAAGGUGCGGUGUUGGAUGAAGCAAAAAACAUUAAUAAGUCCUUGUCAUCUCUUGGCAAUGUCAUCUCAGCCCUGGCAGAAGGAAAUGUCUAUAUUCCAUAUCGUGAUAGUAAAAUGACCCGAAUCCUCCAAGAUUCCCUGGGAGGAAAUUGCAGAACCACUAUUGUAAUUUGCUGUUCACCGUCCUCUUAUAAUGAAGCAGAGACAAAGUCUACACUUUUGUUUGGGCAAAGAGCAAAGACCAUCAAGAAUACUGUGUGUGUCAAUGUGGAGCUCACUGCUGAGCAGUGGAAGAAGAAAUAUGAGAAAGAAAAAGAAAAAACAAAGUCUCUGCGAAAUACUGUGCAGUGGCUUGAAAAUGAGCUCGCUCGAUGGCGUAAAGGUGAAACUGUACCAGUUGAUGAGCAGUUCGAUAAGGAAAAGGCCAACAUGGAUGCAUUUGUAGUGGAUACUGUGGUAGCCAAUGACAAGCCUGCUGUCACACUUGCUGCUAAUUUUACGGAUGCUGAGAGAAGGAAAUGUGAAGAUGAGGUUACAAAGCUAUACAAGCAACUAGAUGACAAGGAUGAAGAGAUCAAUCAGCAGAGUCAGUUGGUAGAGAAAUUAAAACAGCAGAUGUUGGAUCAAGAAGAGCUUUUGGCUUCCACAAGACGGGACCAGGAUAAUAUGCAAGCAGAGUUAAAUCGUCUACAGGCCGAAAACGAUGCUUCCAAAGAGGAAGUGAAAGAAGUGCUACAAGCCUUGGAGGAACUGGCUGUCAAUUAUGAUCAGAAGUCACAAGAGGUGGAGGACAAAGCUAAGGAGUACGAGAGUCUAAGUGAAGAGCUCAACCAGAAAUCGGUAAUUUUGUCCAGUUUAGACUCUGAACUCCAGAAACUGAAAGAGAUGACUAACCAUCAGAAGAAAAGGGCCACAGAGAUGAUGACCUCUUUACUAAAGGAUCUGGCGGAGAUUGGCAUAGCAGUAGGAAACAACGAUUCAAAGCAACCUGAAGUGAGUGGUAUGAUCGAUGAGGAGUUCACAGUUGCCAGACUGUACAUUAGUAAAAUGAAGUCUGAAGUGAAGACCAUGGUAAAACGCUGCAAACAGCUGGAGGGCACUCAGACCGAGAGCAACAAGAAAAUGGAGGAGAAUGAGAAGGAACUUGCUGCAUGCCAGCUUCGGAUCUCCCAGCAUGAAGCAAAGAUCAAGUCGCUGACAGAAUAUGUUCAGAACCUAGAGCAGAAGAAAAGGCAAAUGGAGGAGUCUGUAGAUUCUCUGAAUGAGGAGCUUGUCAAGCUGCGGGCACAGGAAAAAGUUCAUGAAAUGGAGAAGGAGCACUUAAAUAAAGUACAGACUGCCAAUGAAGUUAAGCACGCUGUGGAGCAACAGAUUCAAAGUCAUCGGGAAACUCAUCAUAAGCAGCUGAGCAGUCUGAGGGAUGAGAUUGAUGCUAAGGAGAAGGUCAUCACCGAUCUCCAAGACCAAAACCAGAAGAUGAUGCUUGAGCAAGAAAGACUGAAGGUGGAGCAUGAAAAAUUAAAGCUUGCUGAUCAGGAGAAAAGCAAAAAGUUGCAUGAUUUCACGGUAAUGCAGGACAGAAGAGAACAAGCACGCCAGGAUCUGAAGGGACUUGAAGAGACAGUGGCUAAGGAGCUCCAAACCCUGCAUAACCUCAGGAAGCUAUUCGUUCAAGAUUUGACAACUAGAGUUAAAAAGAGUGCCGAAAUGGACUCUGAUGAUACUGGGGGGAGCGCUGCACAGAAGCAGAAGAUCUCCUUUCUGGAAAAUAACCUUGAGCAGCUCACCAAGGUCCAUAAACAGCUGGUACGUGAUAAUGCAGAUCUGCGUUGUGAGCUUCCAAAGCUGGAAAAACGGCUUAGAGCUACAGCUGAACGAGUUAAAGCCUUGGAGUCUGCUCUAAAAGAAGCCAAAGAAAAUGCAUCUCGUGAUAGGAAACGGUAUCAACAGGAGGUUGAUCGUAUUAAAGAAGCUGUAAGAUCCAAGAAUAUGGCAAGAAGGGGACAUUCUGCACAGAUCGCUAAACCUAUCCGUCCCGGUCAGCACCCAGCGGCCUCACCAACGCAUCCAAAUGCAAUUCGCGUCGGCACUGUAUUCCCUCAGAAUAAUCAGCCAGUUGCUAUCCGUGGAGGAAGUGCUAAGCAAGACAAAAUUUGCUGAAGGAUCACGGAAGUAUCGACCGCAUUAAGCACAGUCAUGUGGUGAUCAUAACUGGGGUUCACUUUGGGGAUUGUAGGAUUGUUUUUGAAAUUGUAAUUUAUAUCUGGCCUGUACAGCUUUUCUUUUCUCCCGAUGUUUUUUUUUUUUUUUUGCAAACAUUAUUAUUUUUUUUUAAUUUGCAUCAAAAAAGAAAUCUAAAAAAUUAGAGUGCAAUUUUGAUGUAUUUGCAUAUGAUAUGUAAUUUAAUAGCUCCAUCUAUUGCACAGUUUGUUCUCCAUGUCUUAAAUAUAGUCUGCACUGUGCCAAGUCUGAAUGUACAUUACUGGUCGAGUAGAACCUAGUUACAUUUAUGUAAAUCUUCAUCAUAGGGACAUGGAGAAAACUUUAACGGUUUAAUACACUUCCAGGUUAACCUUUUACAGUACGUUACGAGCCUACUGCGUUAUUAUACAAGGACGGUAGGCGACUUAUGAAGUGACUUAACAUCGAUGCUACAAUAAAAUACUGUAGAUUGUAUAGUGUCUAGCUACUAAAGUGUGCUUUAUUAUACCGGCCACUGGGCUGAAAUCUUUACUACCAAAUAAUCGUAAGAUUUCAGCAUACUCAAGGCUGCUCUACCCCUCUGUGGUGGAAAACCUGCUGCCAUGUGGUUGUCAUUUUACAUAAUGUAUAGGAACAAGAUGCAGGAGGAAAACUUUUAUAUACAAGACUGUGGGGUUCUCUGUUGAGAGACUGUCCUGUUUAUGUGCGAAAACAUUCUGCUUUAUCCUGUUAAUAAAUGUGUAUGGGAUCAUCCAGACCUUAUUACUGUAAAACAAAGCUUGCACUGUGUUGUGUGUUGUUUUUUUUUGUUUUGUUUUUGUUUUGUAAUGUAUGUUUAAUUUACUCUUUAUGCCACUUUAGAUAAUCCUUUGUAGAUUUAAACUAUAUACAUUCCUUGCAGUAGUGCUUUCAUGGAAUGGUUACAUAUUUACAUGCACUGGAAAAGCAUUGUUUAUAAAGGAAUAACGCUCUAUUCCGCUCCCCUUUUCCCCCUAUCCAGCAAGUAAUGUGUGUCCCAAUGCCAGUAUGUAACUAGCAUCUGGUGUAAGGAAAGCAUACAGGUCUUUAAAGGGGUACUCCAAUGCUCAGCGUUUGGAACAAACUGUUCCGAACGCUGGAGCCGGCGCUGGGAGCUUGUGAUGUCAUAGCUCCGCCCCACAUGACUGCCACGCCCCCUUCCCAUAGACUUGCACUGAGGUGGUGGGGGUGUGACAUCAUGAGGGGGCGGGGCGAUUGUCACGAGCUCCUGGCGCUGGCUCCAGCGUUCGGAACAGUUUGUUCCAAACGCUGAGCAGUGGAGUACCCCUUUAAAGAGGGUACUGUCAGCCUUCCUGGCAUAAAGUGGUAUGGGGGAUACAAGUAUUUACAAUUCUGGACCAUGUGAACUCAUAACUAUACUUUGUGUUUCUCUGUUGUUCCUCCUGUAAUAAAAUAUUUUGUAGGCACUUUCUGUUGACACAAAUUGGUCAUGCCCAGUUGCCAAUUUAGAUCUCUAGUCAUCCUGGAAAUAUGUGAAUCAGUCAGUGUCUCUCCUCUUGGAACUGUAACACUCAUACAUUUCUUGGGACUUUGCAUUGUACUAUUUAGUCCUCUUGGAUGUGUAUGAAUAAAUAGACAAUGGGGCAUGACGAAUCUCUGGUGACAGUCUAGAAUUGUAACACUUAGUAGACCAUACAGUUAUACAUUUCCUGGAGGGAUAACAGAGGAACAAUAAUAUAUGGUUAUGAGAAUAAUGGUUUAAAUUGUUUAAUUGACGCAUGCUCUCUGAAUAAUAAAAAAUAGAUUUGAGUGUAAAAUUAUUUUUACUUAAAGGGGUACUCCACUGGCUGUGCGCGCGCUGCGGGGGUCGGCCAUGCCUCCUCAUGCAUGACGUCACGCCACGUCCCCGCGUGACAUCACACCCCAUCAAUGCAAGUUCCAUAGACUUGCAUUGAGGAGAUGUGGCGGGACGUCACGAGGGGUGUGGUCGACCCCUGCAGCGUGCACACAGGGUUCAGAACUAAAUGAUCCAAACGCUGGCUAGUGGAGUACCCUUUUAAAAUUUGGUAGAAUUAUAUAUAUAUUUUUUUUAAGGAUUUCAUGGGUUUUUGCAUUCUACCUCCUGAAUUGAUCUGAUGUUCUCAUGCAGUUAUACAUAGAAUAUACUUUAACUUUUUUUUUUUUUUUUUUUUCCCCCACAAACAGAGCUAAAAGUGAAGACCUAGAAUACUAGGGGAGCUUUCAUCCUAUCCAUUAUAAUCCUUGGAUUACUUAAAGGGGUUAUCCAGGAAAAAACGUUAUAUGUAUAUAUGUGUAUAUAUAUAUGUAUAUAUGUGUAUAUAUGUAUAUAUAUAUAUAUAUACACAUACAUAACUGCCUCCAGAAAGUUAAACAAACAGAAGUUAAGGUUGUUCUUUUCUGUCUAAGUGCUCUCUGAUGACACGUGUCUCUGGAACCGCCCAGUUUAGAAGCAAAUCCCCAUAGCAAACCUAUUCUAAACUGGGCGGUUCCUGAGACACGUGUCAUCAGAGAGCACUUAGACAGAAAAGAACAACCUUAACUUCAGAAGCUCAUAAGUACUGAAAGGAUUAAGAUUUUUUAAUAGAAGUAAUUUGCAAAUCUGUUUAACUUUCUGGAGCCAGUUGAUAUAUAAAAAAAAAAAUGUUUUAGUGGAUAACCCCUUUAAUAUAAUUGCAUAAGCUAGUAUGUACUGAAGUAGACUGGUAAUAGCUUUAUACUAGCUGCAGUUACUGGUAAAGUUUACAUCAUUCCUUGUUGGAAGCCGCCAGCUUUGAAUUAUACUUGGUGCUGCUGGAUAACACAUACACUCCGGAGCUUUUCUUUUUUCUAUAAAAUGCAUGAUAGAUCAACACUAAUCCCUUUCCUGUUUUUUCAUGGCCUCAGGCAGUACAUAAGUCAUUUGUUUCCCAAUCAGGGUGCCUCCAGCUGUUGCAAAACUACAACUCCCAACAUUCCAAAGGCUGUCCGAGCAUGCUGGAAGUUGUAGUUUUGCAACAGCUGGACGCACCCUGGUUGGGAAACCCUGGCAUAAGUAGUCUAGUAAUUUUUAAAAUGUCUGUCACAGCCGAAACACUGGUACUCUGGGACUUGUGGCCAUAGUAUGGACAAAAAAAAGUGUGUGAACCCAGCCUUAUUCAAAUAAGUUUUACUUUUUUGGGGCUGAACUAAUAUACAUGUAUUAAACUGCAACUUGUAGAACCAGUGACCAGUGUAGAUCAAUGCCAGGCUGGGCACUGAAAGCCAAAAGCAUUUUUUGAGAAUUGUGAUGCCACUUGAUAACAAAUACCUGAUGGACACUUCAGAAGUAUAUGCUGAGAGACCAAUGCACACUACACUAACAGGAAGCAGAAUCUUUUCCUUUUGUGCCUCCAUCGCUGUCUGCAUUUUAUUAUUUUAUGUUUUAACUUCAUGAUAUCAGAAUUAUUUUUUUUUUGUCAAACUGGUAAAAAUAAAGAUUAUCCUAAAGUCUACACUAUGGUUUCCUUGUUCUCCCUACAACAGGCUUCCAUUAAAUGGUUUGUGGUAAAUGCUUCUAGAUGACAUAUUAGAAUGUUUUUUUUUUUUUGUUUUUUUUUAACCCUUCUUGGUUUGUCUUUGGUUCCCGUGUUUCAUUCUUCGCACACAAGUAUAAUGGGAAUAUACUACAGCGAUGCAAACACAGUCUGUAUCUAUUUAUUAAUGGUGAUCAGCUAAAUUAUUUUAAUUAUUUAAAACUGACUUACUGGGCAAUGGUGACAGAUGUUACCAAUAAGAAGUUCAGGACAUAAUUCACAUUAACAUCAGGACAGAUGAAUUGCCAUUUCUAUCAGUCUUUCUGCAUGCUGUAAAUGUAUUUUGUGUUUAAAAUAAAAAAAAAAGAAAAACCCGAAAUCAAG